UUUGUCAUAAUAUCAAACAUUCAAACCCCAUGCCUCUACGAGGCUGCCGUGUACUCAAAGCCAUCUUUCUUUCUGAGUUCCGAGCUAGCUCAUCGUUGUCCGUAUAUGUUUCCGUAAGAAAUGAAGACUAAUCUCUCUCAAAAUUAGUCGAUUUCACAGCGUUUUCUACUCCGAUUGACCGGCCGAAUAACCUCGAUAUGAUUUCCUCCUUUUUGGCUCAAGAAAUCAUACGAUUCUCUCAGAUCUGUACAAACCGUAUAUAUCCCGCAAUUCACUUUUAAUUUUCAGAAUUGCGCGUUUUCCGUUCUCUUUAAUCUUUAAUUGUAUUCUUCUAGCAUUUGAAACGUGAAACAGAAAAUUCCUCUGCACAUAAUCGUCACAAUUCUCAACCUAGGGAUUCCUUGGGGUGUGAAAAGGCUGGGUUUGCUUCAUUUCAAUUCAUCUGAAAGUUGAGCUUCGAUCUGGUGAGUCGAUGGCGGUUCCGACGAUGGCACUGUACGCAAGCCCGGCGAGUAACGUGUGUUCGACGCCGUAUUCCAGUCAAAUCAACUCGCACGACUUCGAUUUAAACGGCAGGCCAUCGCCGUCGACGUCGCAGAAACCAGUCGUCGGGGGGUUGUCGUGUUUAUUCUCCUCACAAUCGGUGAAACACGGGUGUGCUUCUUCGAGUUAUUCAAGCGGAGCAGAGGAUUUGGGAUCUCUGAGGCACGACAGAGGCGAGGAAUUAAGCAGCUCUUUUCAGUGCUCGUCUCUGAGCUCAUCAUCGUUGAAGCUAGAUUAUGCUCAUCAGAGCCCUAUUUCCGUGCUUCAAGGUCCGGGGAGCAGUGGUAGUGUAGGGAUCGGGUCUUGUUCUAAGAGUCACUCUAAAAGGUUUGUUGGAGAUUUCUGCUCAAUUCGUUAUGGAAGUAGUAACUUGUUUAAUAGGUUUGUUAGACACGCAUUGGGUUCUUGCGUGGACUAUAUUCAGGAUUUGGAUUCUCCUCCUCCUGGUCAUCUAGAUGAACUACCAUUUAAUAUGGACGAUAGCUUUGGUAAUUCCAAUAUGGAGCCCUAUGCUAAAGAGUUGCUUUUGGUUGCACAAACAAGGCAUGAGAUAUUCCAUGAAGAUCUUGUUGUCAAAGCUUUUUGUGAGGCAGAGAAUGCUCACAGAGGCCAGGUAAGAGCUAGUGGAGAUCCUUAUUUUCAGCAUUGCAUCGAAACUGCUAUAUUGCUGGCAAUGAUAGGUGCCAACUCAACUGUUGUUGCGGCAGGUCUUCUACACGACACACUUGAUGAUACAUUCAUGACAUAUGACUACAUAUUUCGGAUAUUUGGAGCUGGGGUUGCUGAUUUGAUUGAAGGGGUUUCAAAGCUUAGUCAAUUGAGCAAACUUGCACGGGAGAAUGACACGGCAAAUAAAGUUGUUGAGGCAGAUAGAUUGCACACAAUGUUCCUUGCAAUGGCAGAUGCCAGGGCAGUUCUCAUAAAACUGGCUGACCGGCUACAUAAUAUGAUGACCUUGGAUGCUCUAACUCCGAUAAAGCAGCAGAGGUUUGCCAAGGAAACGUUGGAAAUAUUUGUCCCGCUGGCCAACCGAUUAGGUAUCUCUAGUUGGAAAGAACAGCUUGAGAAUCUCUGUUUCAAGUAUCUUAAUCCUGUUCAACACAAGGAGCUGUCUUCAAAACUCUUAAAGUCCUUUAACGAGGCCUUAGUUACUUCUGCUGUUGAAAGAUUGGAACAUGCAUUGAAGGAUGAAGACAUUUGUUAUCAUGCUCUCUCAGCGAGGCACAAAAGCUUAUACAGCAUCCACCGCAAGAUGUUAAAAAAGAAGCUCAAUAUGGAUGAAAUUCACGAUAUUCGUGGGCUGAGGUUAAUUGUUGAAAACAAGGAAGACUGCUACAAAGCUGCCACGAUUGUCCACCAGCUAUGGCCUGAAGUACCUGGAAAGUUUAAGGAUUACAUUCUUCAUCCCAAACUCAAUGGGUAUCAGUCUCUACACAUGGUAGUUUAUGGGGAAGGAAGGUUGCCAUUUGAAGUCCAGAUUCGAACGAGGGAGAUGCACUUGCAAGCAGAGUGUGGUUUUGCAGCUCAUUGGAGAUACAAGGAGGGAGAUUGCAAACAUUCUUCCUUUGUGCUUCAGAUGGUUGAGUGGGCCCGAUGGGUUGUUACCUGGCAGUGUGAAACAAUGAGGAAAAACCAUUCUGAAUCCAUCAAACCACCAUGCACGUUUCCUUCUCAUUCUGAGGAUUGCCCAUACUCCUUUAUACCCGAUCGUGGGCAUGAUGGACCAGUUUAUGUGAUAAUGAUUGAGAAUGAGAAGAUGUCCGUCCAAGAAUUUGCUGCAAAUUCAACCGUUAUGGAUCUGUUGGAGAAAGCGGUUCGCGGGUGUGGUCGAUGGAUGAUGCCUUAUGGGUUUCCGGUGAAGGAAGAGUUAAGGCCACGGUUAAACCAUAAGCCAAUUAUGGACCCCACAUGCAAGCUGAGAAUGGGGGAUGUCAUAGAACUAACCCCGUCCAUAUCUCAUAAAUCCCUAAUAGAAUACAGGGACGAGAUCAAGCGUAUGUAUGACAGAGGUCCAAAUGUGGCGACUUCUGGCUCAACCAUGGCUGGUUCAAGAAGUUGACCAUAAAUUCCUCUUCUUCUACUCAUGAUGUGGAAUUGUAGCAAGUAUGUCAUAAUCAUGUAUGUAUAUAAACUGUAAACGGUAAACCACUUGUACAUAGGUGUGCAUAAUGUUAUUAACAUAUAUAAUAUAUAUGGUAAGUGGAUUUAGAAAUGCUCUGGUUCAUGCACUACAUUUCUUAUAGCGUCUAUUGGUUAGAGUUGUCCCAAGUAACUCUUUGUUUUGAGAUAAUCUUGUUGCUGCUAUUGAGAUAUUACAAGAAUGUGAAGUGUUUUGUUGGAACUUGGAACUCUAUGGACGUCUCAUAUUAAUGGGUUUGGUUCCCAAAAAGGAGAACCGUUCUGGCAAUACUUUUGAAUGUACAUUCUUCAAGUCUUGAAG